AUGAAAUCAGAUGCCCCCUGGGCCCCUCCGAUCACCAUUGAAGACAAGCCGGUCAAAGCGGGUGAUAGUGCGACCGACAUCGAAGUCGACGUCGCCCUCUCCACAGCUUUGCUGCUUUCAAAUGAUCUUAACCGCAACGCCGAGAUGAGCGAGUACGAAAACUUUGCUUUGAUGCUCCAGCACUCUGCUAUCCAGCACGCUCACUCCUUCUCAAUGCAAGCUUUUGAGGUGAGGAAGGAGUUGGCCGACAAAAUCAGGGAGGUCGCCGCUUUACAAAAGUCCCUCAACAGGGCCAAAGACAAGAUGGAGACCUUGGCAGAUCAAGCCGAGGCAGCUGUAAAAGCUCAAGACGCGGCUAAGGAGAAAGCUGACGCUGCAGAGGCCAUUGCCAAGGUCCUCUCAGCUGAAAAGAAAGAGGCCGAGGCAAAAAUGGCCGAGGCCCAAAAAGAACUCCAAGAUGCCCUGGCCACAAAGGAGGCUGAGAUCAAGGUCGCAGAUGAAAAGGCAUACGCUGAGGGGGUGGCCGAUGUCACGACAGACUACAAGCGUCAGGACUCCCUCCUCAGAAAUGCCGACGUCCUUGUCUUGCUAUGCCUCCCUACUCCAAGCCAAUCCGAAGAAGAUUUUGAGUCUGAGGAGGAAGCUUUGGUGAGGAAGACCAAGGAGACUGCUGGAGCCAAGUCUCCUACUCCAAAUAAGCAAGUCAUGGACUUGACUCAGGAUGAGGAGGGUGAGGAGGUUCCAAAAGAUGUUACUCUUGAGAAGGAAACCUCGAACGCGCUUAUCGCCGAUAAGAGCCUCGACCAAACCCUUCAGGAAAUAGAUGCCGAGCUCGCGGCUAAGAAGGCCGCCGAGAUAUCUUCCCAGCAGUCUUCCGAACUGCAGACUCAACCAUCCGGUGCUGCCGAAGAGUCUUAA